UUGCGUGGGUGGCUAGAUUCUAAAUGAGGGGCGCAUCUGAGAUCUGCAAGGAACGUGAAACCUACACCCGUCAUAAAGACCCUAUUAAACGGAUCUAAACGAUGUUUCAGUCUUGUAGAUUAAACUAUGAACUAUGACGUCUGUCUGAAUACGAUAGGUAUACCUUGAUAGUCAUCAAUGAGAAUAUACCCCUUAGAAGAUACCAGCUAGGACUAGGCACAUACAUAGGUAGUUGCCGUUUAGUCCAUAACCCCGGCGGCCUCCGUGUUAGCGGCCAAGCUCUCACAGCCAAUCCAGUUGUGAAAUUCGCCUGUUUUAUUGAAUCUCCAUUUUCUAUUAUCCCCAUCUUCCCCAUCUGUCUGUCUGUCACACAAUACAUACAGCCCGCAGCUACGUAAGCACCCUGUCACUUGGCAGCAUCAACCUACUUCUGACGCAAACGACCUACCGAACCUGUGGCAUUCUGUGCCGAUGAUUCGAUAACCUGUUUGUGUAAAUUGCCAGUUUUGAUAUUCAACUCAUACCACAUACCUAGAUACCUGUUACCAAACAAACUACAACAAAUAUUGCUUCACAACCAUGGCUACCGCCGACACCGUAGAACUAGGACCUCCCCACGCGCCUAAGGAGGAGUCCCUCAAAGCCUUCAGCGAAGUCGAGCACGAGCUGAAGAAGCAGCUUCUGCACAUGAAACACACCUACCUAAAGCACGAACCGGAGUACUUCGCAGCCGUGCAGCACCUCAGCGACGCGGACCUGACCUCCUUCACUUCCGCUGACUUGGAGGCGGUCCGCGUCGGCAUGUCCGCGUACGGCCUGCACCUGUUCGGCAAGGUGCGCAUCCCGGCCGUGCCGGACUCGGGACCGGCCUACAUCCACGUCCGCCUUUUUGUCGGCGGCGACGGUCACGAUGAGCCCGGCGUUGCGAAGCUGCACAGUAUCCAUACCGAGGACGUAGAGGAGCCGGAUGGCGGUCACAAGUACCGCGCCAUUUUCACCAAGGACGAUCCGCUCGAGUGGUUUGACACCUAAUUGCGUCGAUUCUCAAUUUAAAUGCGUGAGAGUUGGGACAAUUAGGUAUUUGUAAUUUAAUGAGCACGAAAUGAAUGAAAUGAAACACAUGAAGAGAAAG